UGAAAGUGACAUUUUGUUAUUAUUGGCUUAUUAAUUAAUUAGUUUUACAAAGUAAAAUGACUAAUAUAUUUUAUAUAAUUUCAAUGGAAUAAUGUAGGGAACGAUGCCACCGUUUCGUAGAAAAAAGUCCGGAAAGAGUUUUCCCGUAAAAGUUUACACAUUAGACGCAGAAUUGGAGUUUAAUUUAGAAUGGAGGGCCAUGGGACGAGACCUUUUCGAGCUAGUUUGCAGGACAAUCGGCUUGAGGGAAACAUGGUACUUCGGUUUGCAAUAUGAGGAUUCCAAAGGUUUCAUAUCAUGGUUGAAAUUAGACAAAAAAGUACAAGAUCAAAGCAUUCAAAAGAACCACAAAACCGCCUCCUUCAUGUUCUUGGCGAAAUUUUACCCUGAAGAAGUAGCCGAGGAACUCGUACAAGAAGUUACGCAGCACUUGUUCUUUCUACAAGUCAAACAAGCGAUAUUAUCUAUGGACGUAUAUUGCCCACCUGAAGCUUCAGUAUUACUAGCAAGCUACGCGGUACAAGCUAAGUUCGGCGACUUCGACGAGGACACUUACAAACCCGGUAUGCUAGCCAGCGAGGAUUUGUUGUUACCCCAAAGAGUCAUCGAUCAAUACCAAAUGACCUUAGAAAUGUGGGAAGAAAGGAUAAGAGUGUGGUAUGCGGAUCACCGUGGUAUGUCGAGAGACGAAGCGGAGAUGGAAUAUUUAAAGAUCGCCCAAGAUCUUGAUAUGUACGGCGUCAAUUAUUUUCCGAUAUUAAACAAAAAAGAGACUGAUCUGUGGCUCGGUGUGACCGCUCUAGGCUUGAAUAUAUACGAGAAAGAAAACAAGUUGCAGCCCAAGACGACUUUUACUUGGUCGGAAAUCAGAGACAUAAGUUUCGAUGACAAGAAAUUCAUCAUCAAACCGGUAGAUAAAAACGCACCGAAUUUCGUCUUUUUUAGUAAAAAAGUUAGAAUGAACAAAUUGAUAUUAGAUUUAUGCAUGGGCAAUCACGAUUUAUUCAUGAGACGGAGGAAACCGGAUUCGAUGGAGCUACAACAAAUGAAAGCUGCUGCCAAAGAGGAGAAACAAAGAAGACAAGUACAGAGAAAUAGACUGGCACGGGAGAAGCAAUUACGAGAAGAAGCCGAAAGGGAAAGGGCCAGCAUGGAACAGAGGCUGUUGCAGUAUCAAGAAGAAAUUCGAUUGGCCAACGAAGCCUUGAGAAGAUCAGAAGAAAGCGCCGAUCUUCUGGCCGAGAAAAGCAGAGUAGCCGAGGAAGAAGCGCGAUUGUUAAGUCAAAAGGCUGCCGAAGCUGAACAGGAAAUUACUAGAUUAAGACUAACAGCCAUGAAAAGAGACGAGGAAAAGGUUUCUUUGGAAAAGAAGACGAGAGAAGCUGAAAUGUUGACGGCGAGGCUAGUGGAAGAAUCGGAGAAAAGGGCAGCCGAAGCGAAUAAACUGAAAGAAGAACUAUUGAAAGCCAGAGCGGCCGAGAAACAAGCUAAAGAAAAACUACUGGACUUUUUGAGUCGCACUACAACAUCUUACAACGGUUCUAAUACCGUUUCUCCUAUUUCUUCUGUUACCACUUUAUACCCCCCGCCAUUAAGUCCCGGAUAUUGUCAAGAUCUCUCUAUAAUCGAAAGCGAAGCUUCAACAUCUCCGGAUUUGAAUUUGAACAUUUUGAACAUCACUUCGUACGAUCAUUUGGCAAACGCGGACGCCGAUCAACUAUCGCUGGAAAUCGAAAAAGAAAGAAUCGAGUACUUGGAGAAAUCUAAACACCUCCAGAAUCAAUUGAGAGAACUGAGGAGCGAAAUAGCCGAGCUGAAAGUGGGCGAUAGGCAAACGGAAUUGGACCAGUUGCACGAGGAGCAGGUGAAAUGCGGAGAGAAUAAAUAUUCGACUUUAAAAAAAAGCAAAUCGGGCUCGACGAAAAGCAGAGUCGCAUUUUUCGAGGAGUUAUAGCGGCCUAUUCGAGUACAUCGAGUACGUAAUUUUAACUAUUUUAAAUUAAGUAUAAAUAAAUAUUUUU